AUGGCAGCCCGGAGUCUCCGGAGAGGAGAGAGCCACUUCUGUUUCCAUCCUCAAAUCCCCCAAAAAAACAUCAGCCCGGUCCGACGGAACGAAGCGCGCGAUGACACAGCGCGUCCGGGAGUUUUUACGCGCAGCCUAAAAAAAGCUCCGUUCCCGCGCACCACGGACGCGCAACUGGAACUAAACGCGUUUCUUUCUCUCAGUCCGUCAGAAAAACGUCGGAUCGCUCCAUAUGUCACCAUGAUCCUCUUCUCGUCGCGCAGUGUGCUGCUGUCUGUCUAUUAUCCGCAGAUCUUCCUCAUCCUCACCAGCGGGAGUUACCUGGCUCUUUCCUCAGUGGUGGCUCUUGGUGCGAAUAUAAUCUGCAAUAAGAUCCCGGGUCUUGCCCCCCGUCAGCGCGCCAUCUGCCAGAGCCGGCCGGACGCCAUCAUCGUGAUCGGAGAAGGAGCGCAGCUGGGCAUCAACGAAUGCCAGUACCAGUUCAGAUACGGCCGCUGGAACUGCUCGGCGUUGGGCGAACGCACCGUCUUCGGCCAGGAGCUGCGAGUAGGCAGCAGGGAGGCGGCAUUCACCUACGCCAUCACCGCCGCUGGGGUCGCCCACGCCGUGACGGCCGCAUGCAGCCAGGGCAACAUGAGCCACUGCGGCUGCGACAGGGAGAAACAGGGCUACUACAACCAGGAGGAGGGCUGGAAAUGGGGCGGAUGUUCUGCCGACAUUAAAUAUGGCAUUGAGUUCUCGCGGAAGUUUGUGGAUGCUCGGGAGAUUAAAAAAAAUGCCAGACGGCUGAUGAACCUUCACAACAAUGAAGCCGGGAGAAAGGUUCUGGAAGAGAGAAUGAAGCUGGAAUGUAAAUGUCACGGCGUUUCAGGCUCCUGCACCACCAAAACAUGCUGGACCACAUUACCGAAGUUCCGCGAAAUUGGCUACGUCUUAAAGGACAAAUACAACAAAGCGGUUCAAGUAGAGGUGGUUCGUGCCUCCCGCCUGCGCCAGCCGACCUUCCUCAAGGUGAAGAGGACGCGUCACCAAAAGCCCUUAGAAACAGACUUGGUGUACAUCGAGCGUUCGCCCAAUUACUGCGAAGAGGACGCCAAAACUGGCAGCGUGGGGACGCAGGGGAGACUCUGCAACCGGACGUCGCCACAUACAGACGGCUGCGACCUCAUGUGCUGCGGCCGAGGAUACAACACACAUCAAUACACAAAAGUGUGGCAAUGCAACUGUAAAUUCCAGUGGUGCUGUUUUGUGAAAUGCAACACCUGCAGCGAGAGGACGGAGGUGUUUACUUGCAAAUGAAUAAUGCACGGGAAGCCAGUUUUUUUAUUUUUUUUGCACAGCAGAAUGUAUAUUUGCUUUAACCCAGAGUUAAAAUACUAAACUCUAUCAGUAGGUACAAGCCCAGAGGUUCGUGCACUGACUCGCGCUAAAGGACUGCAGGAUAUCAGUGCAUGCUGGGAUUUGUAGUGUGCUGGUUUCUCCAUAGGAAGGGAUAACGCCGCACAAAGGAACUCGUUGAGUUGUGUUUAAGGAGCUCAGUGCAAAUCGAGGAUGUAUUAAAUAAAAGGCCAACUGGAACCUGGUAGAGUAUGUUAGUUAUCCAGUCACACUGGAUCUGUCUGUUUGAACACUGAAAAUAAAUUAUUAUUAUAUAUUAUAUGUUAUAGUCUCCUAAGGAACCGAAGUGCUAACGGGUAGAAAUGUGUUAUUUUGUACUAAGUGGAAACAAAGACUUUUGUAGAAACUCGUGACUGAAGAUGUCUUAUAGAGGGAGUGGAAAAGCCCCAUGUUUUUAUUUUUUUGUUUGUUUGUUUUGUUUUGCGCCAGAAACGUUUAACGCCUAAUGAUUGAUUUCCGAAACCACUGUCAUAUUUUAUUUGAUUUAAUCGGCUGAUGCAUGUUAACAUGGGUUCAUCUUUGCUGUAAUCUAGCCGUAGUUCUCAGUAAGGUAUGCGGUAGACAUUUGGGCUACUUUUCCUCUUUUUUUUUUCAGCGUAGCUAAACAAGUGUCUUCGAUUUAAAGAUCCUUCCUCAGUUCAUGAAAUGUGGAACGAGUGUAUUUCUGGAUAUGUUACAGAGUGCUGCACUGAUAUUUUUUCUAUUCAGAUACGAUGCAAUUAAAAGUAAAAUAAAUAUCAAGUUGACUGA